AUGUUGUCCACCGAACGAGCACCACGCACACACCCAUUCUCACGAUUUCGAACAGUACCGCACUAUACCCCAACGCCACGAACAGUGCCCAUGACGACCCAGCCUGAGAUCGAGCAUAUCUGGGUCAUCACCGGCCCUGCUGGUUGCGGCAAGACCACUGUCGCAAGUUACCUCUCACAGGAACUUGGAUACCCCUAUCUAGAAGGAGAUGAUUUCCACCCACCCUCAAAUAAGCAAAAGAUGGGCAGUGGCAUUCCCUUGACUGAUGCCGACCGCUGGGACUGGCUCAUAACGCUGAGAAAUGCUGCCACUGCGAAGUUGACCCAGUCGAAUGCAGUCAUCGUCACUUGCUCAGCGCUAAAACACAAGUAUCGAGACGUCAUACGUGUGGCAUCCUACGAGCACCCAUCAGUGCAAGUACACUUUAUAUUCCUCAAGGUCGACGAGGAAACACUACAAGCACGAGUGAAGGCUCGGGUCGGUCACUACAUGAAGGAAAGCAUGGUCCACAGCCAAAUGGAGGCUCUUGAGGAACCGCAGGAGGAUGAGUUCGACGUCCUCAAGAUUGAUGUCACUCAGGACAAGGACGCUGUGCGAAACAACGCCCUCGCCGGAUUGAGGGCCAAGUUGAAGGAAUACGAACCGCCGACAACUAAUGGUCACACCUAG